UCGUACGCACGGUUUUUUGAGUUUUUCGGUUUUUGCGGAUCUGUGACCUGCCUGAAAAUUUCGGCGUGGGGAGGCGCGCGUGUCCGCAGUUGGCAAAAUCCAGUUUUCGGCCAGUUCUAAAUUACGAUUAUUGUUUGGUUUUGUAUCGUUUUUAUUUUCGGGUUCAGUUCGGCGCGACAAAAAGCUCCGGAGCGAAAGCAAAAAUUUUCGCGGCAAUCCAGUUCGUAGCAGAGUUUUAUUAAAUCGUCCAAGUAUUAAAGUAAAUUAAAAAACAAAAAGUGAGUGAUGAGCAUUCAAUCGAUCAAAAAUCCAUUUGAAAUCACAGUUUCCUGAUACUACGUCAACCGAGUGAGCGAGAGCUAAGAAGUCAUUGUUAUGUGUAUUGUUGUUAAUGAAAGUUUAAACGAAAAGUAUUGAGUAUUCUAGCGUCGCACUCAAAACAAGUUUGACUAAACGCAGCGAAGAGCAAAAUUAAUCAAGUGCAACAAUAACAAAAAAGUUUCGCCAUCAACAUCGUAAAAAAAACAAACAAAACCAGAGGAAUAAACGCAUUCGCUUCCUAGUUGGGUCCACCCGCGCAUACAAAGGCAGCACACCGUACGCACACCGCGUGGUCCAUCCUUCUCUCGUCGAUACCCCGGUUCGCAGCAAAAAUAGUCAAAAUUUCGGACCACGAGCAUCUCGCCGACAGCCCGACGAUGGCUUCCAACCUGGACCAGUUCGCGGACCUGGAGCUGUCGAAAGAGGAUAGAGAGCAGAUAUUCGACCCGCCGCUGGAUGCGCCCAAAACGCAGAACGGUGCCAGGUAUGCAUCAGUUUCAAACGUAGAAGCUCAAGCUAGCGAGUAUGAUUACGCAACACCUUAUAGUGAGGGGUACAGUGAGGAUAACUUACCGCAGCAAGCAGUAAGCAAUAUUGCCAAAAUCGUCAUCAGUGGAAUACCGCAGCACGCCAAAUUCGAUGACAUCGAGCCACUGCUGAAACCGUACGGCAAGGUCGAACACUGCGACGCCGUCACCAGCAAGGACCCGACCACGCAAACCGUCCAUAUCACGUUCGAGAAUCACGAUCAGGCACAGAGAGCGGUCGCGGGUCUCAACGGAAUCGAAUUCGAGGGAUCAAACCUGCUGGUGGAGCUGUUCGACAACAAAGCGAACCGCCGGGGUGCCAGAAACCGUCCCCAGUACGCAGGUAUGCCCGGGGGCGGCGGCCCAGGACGUCAGACCGACUUUCCGCUGCGGAUGCUGGUCGCCAGCGAGAUGGUCGGUGCCAUUAUCGGACGCCAGGGCAGCACGAUACGACAGAUCACCCAAAACAGUCGGGCCCGCGUCGACGUCCAUCGGAAGGACAACGUCGGAUCCCUCGAGAAGGCCAUCACCAUCUACGGCAAUCCGGAAAACUGCACAAGCGCAUGCAAAAGAAUACUGGAGGUGAUGCAGCAGGAGGCCAACAACACAAACAAAGGAGAAAUUUGCCUGAAGAUUCUCGCCCACAAUAACCUGAUCGGACGGAUCAUUGGCAAGAGCGGGAACACGAUCAAGCGGAUAAUGCAGGACACCGACACAAAGAUCACCGUCAGCUCGAUAAACGACAUCAACAGCUUCAACCUGGAGCGCAUCAUCACCGUCAAGGGUUCGAUCGACAAUAUGUCCCGGGGCGAGAGUCAGAUCAGUUCCAAGCUGCGCCAGAGCUACGAAAACGACCUCCAGGCGUUGGCCCCGCAGAGUAUAAUGUUCCCGGGGUUGCACCCAAUGGCGAUGAUGUCCACGGCGGGCAACGGAAUGGGCUUCACCGGGCGCACUGGCAUGUACCCGGGAACCAACUACCCGAUGUAUCAACCGCCGACGGUGCCUGGUGCACCGCCCGGAUCCAGCGACGUCCAGGAAACCACCUACCUGUAUAUUCCAAAUAAUGCCGUUGGUGCUAUCAUCGGAACCAAAGGAUCGCAUAUUCGUAAUAUUAUAAGAUUUUCCGGUGCUUCGGUGAAAAUUGCGCCGCUGGAGGCGGACAAACCCCUGGAGCAGCAAACCGAGCGCAAAGUUACCAUCGUCGGCACACCAGAGGCCCAGUGGAAGGCGCAGUAUCUGAUCUUCGAGAAGAUGCGGGAAGAGGGCUUCGUCUCCGGCACGGAUGACGUGAGAUUAACGGUGGAAAUUCUGGUCCCGAGUGCGCAGGUCGGACGCAUCAUUGGCAAGGGAGGUCAGAACGUGCGGGAACUGCAGCGAGUAACUGGCAGUAUAAUUAAGCUGCCCGAACACACUACCAACACGCCAGUGGACGAGGAAACCACGGUGCACAUCAUCGGUCCAUUCUUCAGCGUUCAGUCCGCUCAACGACGCAUCCGGACGAUGAUGCUGGCCACGAACCCCCCGCCCGCAACCAACCGGCAGAAAGCCCAGAAGGCGAAGGAACAAUCGUCGACCUCGUCCACGCCUGCUGCCACCGCACAGCCGCCGUCGUCCAGUACAAGCGCAUAAUCAAAAUCUGCAAUCGUCGUCGUCAUCGUCGCUGAUGGCCGUCAGCUGCAAUUACCAGUGCCGCCCUCAACGGCACAGUCACCACCACUACCAACAACAACAACAACUACACAACUAACACAACAACAACAACUUCUACCACAUCAACAACUACUUCCAGUAUCAAUCGUAUCACACUAGAAGCGGAAGCAGCGGUAGGCCCUGCUUCACAACAUGAGUCACCGCAAUUUCGUUUCAGAGUGGUAGCAACCAACCCAACGCAAGAUAUAAAAAAACUAUUCCAAGCAGAAGGUUAUGCUCCGGAUUAGAAUAUCAAAUUUUGGUUCCUACACAGGAACGAAGCCCUCUCGGACCCCGAUCGGCUUCUGGAAGAAUUGUGUACCAGAAUAUCAGUCUUUAACCGUAGAAAUCUCUCUAGCUAAGCAAAACAUAUUUCGAAUUUAGGCACUACAGUUUAAAAUUUACAUUCCCAUCCAAAGUUUUUUCGCAUCAGUCAGCGCAAGCGCUGCAGCCGCAUAUUAGAAUGCAUUCAAAAUAUUGCUCUGCUUUAUACAACAGAAUGGAAAACUAAAAACCAAAAAUAUUUACCUUACUUUCUUUCGGAUUGAUUGAAAAAAAAAACAUAAAAUGGAUUCCGACCCCGUCGCUUUCUGUGGCGUGGCAGUGCCCACCGCAGUGGGCGGGGCUCGGAGUCACGAUACAAAAGCGUAGUUUCCAUUUGGGAACGAGAGAACGAGACGGAAGCGCGCGUACACGGUUGUCACACUGUUUUUUGAUAGCUUUUCCCAUCGAAGGAUCGAGGAUCGAGCGAAGUUUUUCGGGGGCACUAUUGCCCCUCCCCCUGCACGGUAAGACGUUGUAAUGAGCAUUAAGCAAGUUUGCGAGCGCGUAAGCGAAUGUUGUUUUUUUUAACUAGUGUUUAGGAAGAGAUCGAUUUAAUUAAGAAACCAAGCAAAAGAGAGAGAGAUUGCGUUCGGUGCUCUUUUCCGCGUAAGAGAAAGAGUGUUGCCAGUUUGUUGACGAAUGACAAGAAGGGGAGAAAGUGCCAAACAUUGCAAGAACGCGUUUAGAAAGAGAGAUGAAUGAACCGUCGAUUGCCUUAGAUUUCGGUGCUGACAGAAACACAGGAGAACUGAGAGGAAAGGUAUUGUUAGAGGUUAGAGAUUAAGGUAAAAUAGCAACCGUGGAGGAAGCGCACCAACCGUUCCGAUCAACCGACGGCGACGACGUCUUCAGAUUCUGGGGGUCGCAUUUGUAGAGAACAUCAAUACCUCAAUGAAAGUGCAUUACAGGUGACCGCCGUAGAUUGCGUAACGCUUGACUCCCGAAGCACUGGGCGACAUUUCGAUGUCGUCGGCCGAUUUCGAAAAGUGUUACGUGAUGUAUGUGCGGGCGCUUUACAAUCCAUAUGCAAAACUCAAAGGACACUAAUGCAAACUUACACAACCAUAAUGAGACAAAGUCAUCAUCAAGCUCACUGGGACUUGUAGUAGCGGAAGCCUCAAUGGCGUCAUUAUUCGUUAGGACAUUAGCCGAUAGAAUCAAGCGCAACGAAGGUCGCUGACCGCGUACCGGUCGGACGGCUCUAUUGUUUACAUUUUCCUACGGUGAAGCAAUGCAAGAACUCACUCACAAAACACUAGACGAUGAAAACUAUACGUUUCAACUUUACUCACUCAAAGGUGCAUUAAUCAAUUUUUAUUAACUUGUUGUUGAACAUAAUUCUACUUGUUGAAAGCUAUAUUUUCCCAGUAACUAUUUUCCCCCAUUCCCCCACCCCCUACAGCAAUUGAUGGGAUUCAGCAAUUUGCGAGUGAGCAUGGGAGCCAGCGAUAAACUUGUUGGGCGCCAAUCGAUUUUCGGUUUUUGAACAAUGCUCUUGCGAGAAUAAGGAAGGAAAUCGCAAAAGAAAGCACUUUUCGUAGAUUUGCCCUCGUUCAAAUAGAAGACCAUGCAAAUGAUUGACGUUGACGAAAUUUAUGCAUUGUUAGUUUUAUUGGAAAAGGGGUAAAUCAUCGCAUAAGUCUCCUUUGCGAUUCACACCCUUGUCCCAGCAAGAGUCUAAAUAGACACUCGCAAAAUGUCUGAUGAACAAGCUCUCAAACUAACCUCAUAACAGCUGUUUAACUUAACGUCACUUAACUGUUGUUUAUUAUUCUUGUUUUCUAUUUUUGUUUUUAUAUUAAAACAUCUGCUGGAUAACCUCACCACCUUACAGAACCAAUCGUAACAAUAAAACAAUCAAACUACACAUACUAAUAGAACCUCUAACAUAUUAACCAAACAAUAGAUAGGACACGUACCUCAACGAGCAAGCAAACAGAAUCAAAAUAGUAUAAAGCGUUGAAUUUUCUCCAUUUUUUAACUUUAUUUGACAUUUUUUCGCAAUAGUUAGAACAAAAAAACCGAAUCCACAACGGCAGUGCUGCCAACCAGUUUUUUCAUCGCACCUAACCUCAGCACUCGUGUGUUCAACAAUGACAUGCAACCCGACUAAAAACUUUCGAACUUCAAGAUCUCAUUCGGACUGGUCGUGCUGUUGCCGGUGACAGCAGUGAGGCCAGUUCGUCGAUUCCAAAUUUAUCGAAGCCUUUCAACCGUAUUAAAGAAGUAGCCUUCCACUCGUAUUAGGAGAAGGUGCAGCAAGCUAGCAGAUAGACACCGGAGGACUCCAGUUUAGUAGUAGACGCAAAAUUUACGCAUUUCUUUGGCAACUAACGACAAACAAACUUUCAAAAUCAUUAUUCUGUGGACUGACAAGGAAGCAACAAGACACUUCAGGGAGAGAGGGUUUACCAAAAUUUGCACAGGCGCAGCAAAGGAAGAAAAACGAAACACAAACCCGUGCAGACAACUUGUGAAGCGAUCAAAAUUAUUCUCAAAAUUCGACAAAACAAAAAUCAAUUCUAAUAGCAACCAUUCGUGACUGAAGAGCAGAAGAAGAAAAAGAAAAAAUGUAACUCGCAAAAUCGCACAUUUUUCGUGCGAGAUGCGUGUUCAAUGUCGGGGCUAAAAUCAUACAAAAUUCCCACAGUAGUAUCGGCACAUAGAGCGAUGAGAGAGGACGAGGGAUGAUGAGAGAAAGCAGGAGAAGUCGAGGAGAGUAGAAACCGAUACCACACGAGAUACUUUUACCUAAAACUUAGGGACAUAAGAGAAUAUUAAUGCUCGAAAAUCGAGCGCGUUAAGCGACAAAAGAAACUGAAAACAAAACAGAGAGGGAAUCGAAAUUCGGAGAAAAAGUGACUAAAAUCAAUUGUUAGAUUUUUUUAUUAUAUAUAUUAUAUUGAAAAUAUACUAUAUAUAUAUUUGAGAGGGAAAAGCAAAAAAGAGUAAAAAAGAAGAAAAAGAUAUUUAGCUAAAAAAUUUAAUAUUUAUUAAAUCCUAGAGGCUAUAAUAUCGUUGAAUAUUUGUAUAAAUACAACCGAACCUUGACGGACGUGAGCAAGAGCGAUCAAGAGGGUCAGCUAUGGUCAAAAUUUGAAUUUAGAAACUUAGAACGUACACGCCUACAUAUUAUUUUCCUAUUAUUUUUGUUUAUUUUCGUAGAUGUUUAGGUUUUGUUGUUUACUUUUCGUGUUGAAAGCGGAAAGACGUGAAUCGUGAGGUUAAUGCGCGCGUUAUUUAGUUGUGCCAAGUACACCGCCGUCAAACGGAUUCCAUUCGUUUGUUUGUUUUUUGAAAAUAUGAGGAAAUGAUGGUUGUGAUAUUGCGAGAGCGAGAGAAAUGAAACGAUCACACACACAUACUUACAAGCAGAAAAAAAAUAUUACACAGUUUGACAGUUGCAAAAAUUGUCCAGAAUGGAGGAAAAGUGUUGGCAUUUUACUUCUACGAAAGACGCAACUUUUGUCUUGGAAAGCGUCGAAUUUUGACGUUGAAACGACCAGUUUUGAUCGUUUCCCUGACGGAGGUCGCCGAGCUCGUACAAAUGCUGACCUUGGAUUGACAUUUUUUUCACAGCACACUGAGAAAGUUUUUUCUUUCGCUGUUGCCGUUUAGAGCAGCUGACAGUUUUUCUCGAUUAGGUUUGUUGACAAACAAUUUUGUUGACCACGGAUACACAAACUUUCGAUAUAAAUACUUCUUCCGCGGAGAAACGGACGGCCAAGGGCGCUCAAGCGGACACAAUGUGCGCAAUUGUCAAGUACGAAUGGAUAAAACAGAUGAAAGCGCCACCGAUGUCCGAUUGUCUGCUUACAAAAAAAUUACUUCGUAGCUGAAAAGGGAGACGGGUCGUUUGGCUGAAACUCAUUCGCCUAGAAGCCAAUUUGGACGCAUGAAACAUGGCCGAAUGACACGUUUGGCUGAAAGUCAUCUUACCGAGCCGUUCCAUUUGGUUUUAAUUGGACGUUUGGACGUAAAGGUUGUUAGGCCGAAAACCGAUCUGGGAGAAAGCGACUUACGACCGACUGAACAUUUGGACGAAAAAGUCGAUUGAUCGAAUGAGUCAUUUGACCGAAAAUAUCAUUAGGCCGAAAUUGUCGUUUGGCCGAAUAAGUCAAUUGGCUGAAAAAGCCGUUUGGCUGAAAGGGUAAUUUGGCCGAAAUUGUCAUUUGGCCGAAUGAGUAAUGUGAAAGACGUCUCUCUUCUCAUUUCCCCCUGAGUGAAAAGUGAGAAUCGCGGAAUGAGGAGUGCGCAGUGAGAAGUAGGAAAUGAGACUUCUCACUUUUCAUUUCUCACUUCUCAUUCCUCAUUUCUCACCUCUUACUUCUCACUGUGAAAAGUAAGAGAUGAGACGUGAGAAAUAAGAAGCGAGAAAUGAUAAGUGAGAAGUGAAAUGUCUCACUGCCGACUUUUAAUUCAGUGAGAAAUGAAAAGUGAGACGUCAAACGGCAUUUUCGGUCAUAAGGCCGUACGGCCAAUUGACAUUUGCGGUCAAAUGGUCAUUUCUGUCAAACGACCAUUUCGGUCUAAUGAUAUUUUCGGCCAAAAGACAUUUUUGGCCAUAUGAUCUUUUUGGCCAAUUCUCAGCCAAAUGACCUAUUCGGCCAAAUGACCCGUUGGGUCAAAUGACCAUUUCGGCCAAAUGACCUGUUCGACCAAUUGUUAGUCAUAUUUCCUAUUCGGCCAAAUGACUUAUUCGUUCAAAUGUCCUAUUCGGCCAAAUAAUCAAUUUGACUAUAUGACCUGUUAGCUCAAUUGUCAGCCAAAUGUCCUGUUCGGCCAAAUGACUUAUUUGGCCAAAUGUCCUAUUCGGCCAAAUGUCCUAUUCGGCCAAAUGUCCUAUUCGGCCAAAUGUCCUAUUCGGCCAAAUGACCUAUUCGGCCAAAUGACCUGUUCGGCCAAAUGACCUGUUCGGCCAAAUAACAUAUUCGACCGUAUGACCGUUCGGCUGAAUGAAACUUUCGUCCAGAUGGGUUUCAACCUAAUGGAUUGUCUGGCCAAAUGGUACAAUCGUCCAAACAACUUUUUCCAAAUAGCUUCGCCCUUUCAUCCAAACGGCCCUUUCCUGCGAAAAAGAGUAACUAUGGCAGAUGUGCUGCAUUAGGCAUCUGUUUCUUUGCGCUUCUUCUAUAAUUUCCAAAACAUCUUGAAACAAAGUUUUCUUUUUUGCUUUGUUUAUCUAUCCUAGUUUAUUUUUAAAUCUGAAUUACAUCGAAUGAAACACCCACAAACAUCAUUCGCUGAAUGCUUUAUAUUGAAUGCGGAAAGAACGAACCUUUUUUUUCGUGGUACAAAUUGAAAUAGUACAAACCGAAGAUAGAUGGACAAUGUUCUUUGUGGGCGGAAACUCUUAGUCCAACGGACAUCAGAUUUUUAAGUUUAAUAAAUUGAUAUAAAAAGGCAACAUUUUACAAGCAUUUAUGGAUGCCACAGUAGCUUCCGAUGUCGUUAAUAGCGACUUAUCUGUCAAAUUUUAUCAUUCUUUUGACAUGUCACAAAACGAACGUCAACAUUUGAAUAGCAAACUGUUGGGAAUUUAUCCAGCGGUUCCAGUAACGAUUUUUUUUAAUUUAAUUGCAAUGAUAACAAUUGAAACAACAAAAAACAACUAAACGAACAACAUUGGCAGCAGAAACCAUCUGAUUGACAGACCAUGAGAGAAAAUAAACAACAAAACAGAGAUAUAGCCCCCGAGUAUGGAAGACCAAUUUUGAGAGGUCAACAACAACAAAUACAAAAAUCUAACAAUGAUGAAUUAUUCCCCGAACAAUUACAGAAAAAAAAAUGACAACAGAAACAACAACAAACUGAUUGGAAAACGGUAUUAAGUCACUCGAGAAGUCCCAUGAAAAGAAGAUACAAAACAUGUUAACUUUGGCAUAACACAGCACUUCACAACGUUGGAGCAAACCCAUAAACAAUAUGACGAAAUGAAUAAACAAAUCACGAAACAAGCAAAGCCGUAGCGGAAAAGUUUCGAACUAUAAUUUGCACUACCCACAUCUUUAGAUUCAACUACAUGGCUACAUGCUACAACUGAACAUAGACAAAAUCACCAUUUGCUUUUGGCAUAUUUUAUGAUGUAAAAAAUAAACAAUGAAAAUCGCAUUUCGCAUCUCGAUAUGAAGAAAAGAUUGAACAAAAAAAAAAAGAAUUUUGAACACACAAACACAUAACCGAAGCAGAGUAGGCAAGGUGAUCGUGAAUCGUAUAAACAAAUAGACAUAACCAAUUUCAUUUUCCUUGAAUCUGUAGAAGCUAAAAGAUUAGAUGAAAUGACACGUAAAUAUAAGCGCAUCAAGAUAAAUGUUUCGAUGCCUGGAUAAAAAAAAAGUUUGCACUAGCAUUAAUUUUAGAUAACCUAACCACAAAAUUGAGACUCAAAAUUAUAGCAAACAUGUUUGAUAUGUGAACCACACAGAUAACAAAAAUAAUAAUAUAACCCAAAAAAAUCAUAUAAUUGGUAGGAUAUAGGAAUAAUUUUUGGCAACACUGUACGGCGCGGUAUAAAAAAUCUGACAUUUCAUAACCGACACACAUAGGCACUUACAGAAACCGAUUGCUUUGAUCGGGAGAUCGUUUUUGAAAUCAAACAAAAACAAGAAGAUGAAUUAAAAACAAUUGAGGUCACCUUGUCGACUUGGGCAGUCCGCGAACGGGAAAUCCGGUUUCCUCGCUUCUCGUUAGUACAUGCAUCAAAUAAAGAAAAUAAUAAUAAAUGACAUUUUUAACACUACUUGGAUCGAAAACUUCCUGAUACAGACACAAAUACAAACAAACAAAAAACAAACAUGCAUAUUAUAUUCGAUGAUUGAGACAAGUAACUAUAUACAAAAUAGAAAACGUUUGAUGAAAUAGAUAACACGGAAUGGAACAUUCUUACCUCAUAUUGAUAUAUAGAACAAAAUGCGAGAAAAUAUUUAGGAUUAAACAAGCAAAAUCUCACAAAUACACACAAAAGGAAAAGAAAACCCAAUUGUACUUUUGAAAUGAAACGCCAGACCACAUGGAAACAUCCGCCAUUUCGUUCAAACACACACACACUCACACGCAGGUUUGGCUGGACAUUUAGGCAGACAUUUCUCGAUUCCUUUCGCGAAACCAUAUUACUCUCCCGAGGCAAAGCAGGCCAGAAUUAAAUACACGGGGAAUCCGACACAAUCGCCACACCCACCCAGCAGCACCACAUUCGGAAAUUCGGACAUUUGUUUGUUUAUUUUAUGAUUCGGUUUUGACAUGCGAGAGAGGGAGAUAACCGAACAUUGAACGUAACACAGGAAGGAUGCAAAACAAAAUGUCAUAUUCGGAGUAAACCAUGGGUUUAGAUUUGAUUAUUGAUACUACUUCUACUACUAUUUAAUGCUACUACUUCUAAUACUACUAAAAUCUACUACUAAAAGAAGAAGAAAUCAUGAAUUCUACAAAACUAUUUUUUGUUCUUUUAAAAAGAGUACAUUUCUAAAAUAAUUUCGUUUAAUUUGAAAUAGAAUCAUAAGUCUUUUUGAAGUGGUGAGAAAUACUAUAUUAUGAAAUAAAACUAAAUUAUAAACUACUAAAUGGAUAAAAAAAAUAAUGAUUGGAUCGAUUAUCAAAAACUACUAAAGCUAUCGAAAAAAAAACGUAAAUUUUAAGUUUAGAUAUCGCGCGAAGAAACUACUAACAAAGAUUACCAACAGAAAACAUUUUCAUUCACAACAGCUCAUUUGUUUGCAAUUCGAUCGUUUCCCUUAAACACACUCUUCCACAUAAAAGCAGCUGCGCAUCCAUCACUUGUUUGACGACCGUGACGAAAACGUGAAAUUAAAAUAAAAACACAAUCGCAGCACCCCACCCACAUCGAAAAAUACCAACAGCCUACUUCGGGAGAGCUGUCAAAAGGCUAAUCCGAUUGAACACUGGGGAAAAAAAUCAUGCAUGCAAACUCACAUCCAAACAAAAGCAGCCACGGAGUUCACGCUGCGCUACAAGAAUAUAUAGGACUAUAGUUAUCUUCGUUUUAUUUAAGUAAUUUAACGCGACCCCCACCCCAUCCCGCAUCCUUGAAUCCUUCCAUAAUCCGGAACAAAACACAGAGAGUUACAAACAUACAAAGAAAAUUGCGACGGCACCGUCACCACCAACACAAGGAGACUGAACUACAACGUAAUUAAGUAGGUGGCGAUUCUGGAGCAUCAUCCCCGCACCCGUUCAUCUCCUUCCCUGAUUCCUCCCAAUGUCCGUUUUUGUUUCCUCACCAAGAAAUUACCCCCCUCCCCCCUGGUUCGCCGUAUUGUAAGCGAAGAGCAAAACUUUCUACAAGCAAAUUAUUAGUAGCAGUUGAAUUUUGAAAACUUUCAGCAUCAACACCACCAGCAGUAGCAUGAGUCUAAAGAAUAAUAAAAAAAAACGAGCCCAUUAAAGAGAAAAAAUAAGAGAAAAUGAGAAACGUAAAUUAUAAUAUAUAUUUUUAUUUUUAUCAUUGUUUAAUUAUUAAAACAAACAAAAAUACAGAAAUGUUACGAAAAUUAGUUAUGAGUUAGGAUAUAAUGCAAAUAUUGACAUGCCUGUGUGAUAAUAGUUUAUAAUCUUGUCAUUAUCUGUAUUUAUAUCUUCCUCAAGAAGAAAAAUUACUAUAGUUUUUGUGUAAAAAUGAAUAAUGUGUUGAAUAAUGUGGAAAAUGAAUCAAUAUUAUUGCAUAAAGAUUAUAUUUUUAUAACUUUUUUAUUCUUAUUUCUAUUCUAACACCGACACAAAACACAAUCAAGCUAUUAUGAUCCAAAUUUUUGUUUUGGUUUAUGAACAACAAACUUAACACGCCACACAAACACACAUACAUGCAAACAAAGUAAACCUGUCAAACUAUCCUAGGUCAAACUCAAAUCAAAAUAGCAGUAAUAUUUCAAACCAAAUCUACAGUUUUAUUUUUUAAAAGCUGUUGACACGCAACCGCCGAAUGUUUAUAUUUAUAUACACCCAAUUUCAAAAGCACACACACUUGCUCAUAAGUAUCCGCACCGCUGUUUUCUCUGUUACGAAACGGCAGUGUCUCCAAUAGUCAAUUUAUUUUUUUUACACGCACACAUCAAACAAUAGAUUACUUAUACACUUUACCAACCGGACUUACACUCAUCCAUAAACACGCCACCCAUAUCCCAAUAUUUAUAUAAACGCCACACACCAAACGCAUCCCCAAAUAACCCACACAGUACGGUCGCAGUAGUAACCAUGGAAACAGCAAAUCAACAAACGCCUCCACCUCCGACAGAGAAACAGAGCAGAAAUGCCAAACAGCUGGAACACUCAAAGCAAAAAUAACGAUCAUUUCCGGGAAAUCCGGCCCAUCUAAAAUUCGCACGUAAAAGUUCAUCAGUUUAGAAUACGAACAUAUUUUCGUCUUAAAAUCCAACCCAAGUAAUCGCUAUAAGAGAAAAAUACAUAAAUUUCAAGAAAAAAAAACAAAAAACAACAACAAGAGAAAGAAGAACUACCUCAGAAACUUAAUAUAGUGAAAAUACGAAGCAAAAGAUUAAUUUAAAGUAUAAAAAAACAACCUAUUACACAAGUUGAAAGUGAACGAGAAGAAGGAAGCGGAAGGAAAAAUGGGCACUUAUAUAUAUUAAAUGUAGUUUGUAUUUAUAUAGAAUGGAAGUAAACAGAGACCGGAAACAAAGAGCAGAAAACAGAAUUCUCAUUGUCCAGCAUGCCACCAGAAAGCCAGAAGCAGUUAGAAAUCCUUCAUAGGCCUAUUUUCUUUCUGAUUUAGAGUGGAAGUCUGAUCCCGAUUUGACCGACACGUUUCGUCCUGCCGGACGCUUUGAGAUCCGAAUAUCUACCCGAAUACCCUUAGCCCCAGCCUGAUCUUACAUUGACUAGCAACGUCACUGUCAUUCCGAUAACUGGAAAGUAUUGAACGUGAAUGCCAAAUAAAGAAAACUCUGCUGAGUCCAAGUCCAAACUGUUGUUUAAUUCCAAAUCAGCCGUUUCGGUUGGCCCGAACUAUCCGGCUGUCGAGGCGUCCGGCGAGUUUGAAACGGUAAGGCAUGUCCGGAUGCAGCAGUUCCGCAGAGAAAUGAACCCGGGAAGUCCAUUUCUACCGUUACGAUUUAUUUUUAGAUGAUUUCGAGCGUUUCCGCACGCGAAUGAAUGAUUAAGAGGCAAGAGAUACUCGUCAGAAUAAAACUAAAAUGAGAAAUGAUGAAAAGAAACCAACAUGAGGCGCGCGCGCGAAUAAAAAAGAAAACACCGAUGCUUCUUUGACCAAAACUGCUUUCAACAAACCGAGAAGCCCCCUCAAUUUGAUCUUGUUGGAAAAAAACAGUGAAAUAUAAAAAAAACGCCGCGCUUUAUAUUUAAUCCACAUUAUAACUACCACCAAUGCGAAAUUCAAAAAAUAUAAAUGACCUUUAGUACCUAUCGAGUAAGCACCUAUUUUUGUUUAAUUUUUUGGCAACACACUGAAACAGAACACUUUCUAUUUGUAACCCGUAAGCAAGACCAACGGAUCCCACAAUUUGAACCAGUAGACUACCGAGGAAGAAGGAAGGAAUAGAAAGAGUGAACGAAAAAGUAGUAGGAGAGAAAAUUACUCGUAGAGAGGAGAGAGAGAGAUCAGAAAAUUACCCCAAAAAAAUUGUAAAAUUGCGGAAAAGUUAAAACAAAUCUACCAACUACCAGCUAAAAGAAAUAGAAAGAACGAACACCCGUGGAGAUAACAUACCGAUCGAAAUUGGUCCCCAAAACACGUACACACAACCCAAACACUUUCAGCGUAGCCACAGCCCCGAAAAUAUACACGUUUUUAUUUCUGUAAUUUCCACUGUUUUCAUUGGACCCUAACUGUGCCCCCCCACUAAAUGAACGAUUCAUCUCUGCAUGGAGACGAAGUAGAAUUUACCCGGCGUGCAGAUCUAAUAGCAUAGGCAAAGAGGAAAUCAAUCGAGACACACAUUUACAAUAAACAAGAAAAUAUAGAAACCCGAUUUUUUUAAAUGAUUUUUUUAAUUUUUCUGAAUAAAUUUAAUUUUUCAAAAAAAAAGAA